CGUAUCGCACGUUGAUUCGCAUCCGUCGCCUUCUUGAUCGCUAACAGUAGUGCGCCGUUGUUGACCGUUUCCGCCGUCUUCGUUUGAUCCUGUGCAAUACGCGGGCUAAGGAUCUGUGCUGAGCCGCGUCGUCGCCAACAGGUCGGUGUUUUAUUUUUGUCUGUGUUUUCGCGCUCUCAUUGAAGACAAUCGUAUCAGGUUAAUUGGAUAAUUAUUAUCGCGUUGGGUGGAUUGUGUGAAGGAACCACAACGGAAGUUAGUGGAGGGAGAUGCUUCGCGAAGAACCAGUGCCAGUGGAAUUAAGGUGUGUUAAUUAAGCUGACAAACGCAAGGGUAAUGCAACACCUGGUUAAGUGAUUUUUGUGUGCGCAGAAAAACAAAGAGUUCUAUAAUUAGGGCAUAUAUUUCUGUAUGUUAUUUCGAAUGUUUUAUGGAUUUGGAAGAAAAUGUGAUUUAUUAAAGUGAAAUUAAUGCUGAGAAACAUGGAGCAAUAUAUGUAAAAACAAGUUUUACAAAAAUAAUGGAAAAGCAAUAGGUGCUCAAAAGUUUGAAUAAAUCAAACUGAUUUGAAGAGAUAGUGAUAUUUAUCUAGAACAAGAAUACUGAUCGUGGUGAAUAACGAUCCAGUUUGAAUCGAAAAAAAGUUGGUUUGUGCGAUUGGAAAAUAACAAAGGUGAAGGACAACAGCAGAGGCAGAAUGGAAUCUGAUGGAGAACGUGACAACGGCUACAGCCAUUACAACUCACCACAACAUCAACAAUCCGCCCAGCAGAGCUACCACCGGUCCUACGAAGAGUACAUGCACCAACAGCAGCAACAACAGAGCCAAUCCAGUCAGCAAAACCAGUCGCAAAACACCGCGGCCAGUUCCCCGCUGCCGGGUCUCCCCGGCCAGCACUCCACCACAGGAGGAGCGAUGUUGGCCCCGCAGAGUCCCAGCAUGCUCGGCUCCGGCAGUAACGGCAUGAUGUCCUCCCCGUUGAUGCAGUCGCACUCCCCGCUGCUGUCGUCCAAUCCGGCACUACUCAACUCGCAAUCUCCGCUGCUGUCCAACUCGCCGCUGAUGAGCCAGUACGCCCCCUACCAGGAUGUGAUCCCCACCAUCUUGCCCCAGGACGACCCGGGCGGAUGGGGUGGAUAUGCCCUCGCACCGGGGCCCUAUCAGAGUGAGUUCUGCGCGUCCAACUACGGUGUGCUACACCAGCGGCAACAGUAUGGUGGACCGGGCAAAAUGGGACCCCACGGGGCGCUGAAAAGUGCCAAAGAGGCACGCAUCAGGCGGCCCAUGAACGCGUUCAUGGUGUGGGCCAAAGUGGAGCGGAAGAAGCUCGCCGACGAGAAUCCCGAUCUCCACAAUGCCGAUCUCAGUAAAAUGCUAGGAAAAAAGUGGCGCUCUCUGACACCGCAGGACCGCCGGCCGUAUGUUGAGGAAGCCGAACGGUUACGGGUGAUUCACAUGACCGAGCACCCCAACUAUAAAUACCGACCGCGUCGUCGGAAGCACACAAAAGCUCGCAGUGGAACCGCUGGUACAAAUGGUGCAGUUGGUGGUCAAGUUGGGUCGAACAAUACACAAUCCAAUAAUGUGAGUAAUUCUUCGCCUAGUGAAAUUAACUUCGAUGGUGAUUCGUCGCAACGGCUGAGCCCUUACAGCUAUAACCCACACUACUACUCCGGAGCGAAUAACGUAUUGAAUACGCCCGACUCCAGCCCCACACAGAGUCCCGAACCCAUGCCGCCUACCGUUGUUCCAGCUUCGAUGGCUGUGAACAGCAGGAAACUUUCCGGUAACUCCGUGGACGUUGGUCAAAAAAUGGAAGAUGUUUCAUCUGCAUUACCGACGCCGGAGAUGAGUCCACUAGAACUAGAGAAAGAAAGCUACAAUGGUCUACACGUGAACCACAGCUACGAUGAUCUGAAGAGCAAACAAAAGCUAACCUACGAGAGCUAUCACAACGUGAAAGCCGAACAAAAACUUCCUGCCACUUUCCCCAACAGUUACGAUCAUGACAGUGAAAUAAAGCGAGAAUACAACUCCACUCCAUCGUACAUGCAUUCCGCGACGCCGGAGAAACGGUUCCACUAUGAAGCAUCUCUAUCCAAUGGCGUCCACGACAGGAGGAACUACCUUGCACCAUGCUCCGGGUCCACGACAACCACCGCCAUGGUGAACGGAAUGUACGUCAUGUGCACGAACCGAAGCAUUCUGGAUCAGGGUCACAUCGUAACAGGAACGUACUUCCCACCGCUAGCCACUUCCGAGGACCACCAAACCCUGGGAACCACUCUUACAACCAGCCAUGUGUCACAUCUCAGUACAAACAGUAAUAGCAGUAGUAGUAAUCACAACCUUAGCAAUAGCAACCACAGCAACUCCAGCAGCAACAUUCCAAUCUCCAGUGGCAAUAGUCUGAAUAAAACCAGCAAUGGCUUGGUUAGCAGUGCACACCUCGGUGGUAGCCCAGGACAUAACCAACUCGUGCAGCAAUCUGCUCAGCCCAGUGGACUAACAGCGGAACAGAUUAACAGUUAUUACGGCGUCAACUCACUCCCAUCUGGGUUGCCGGCCUACUCGUACGCUUACAAAGACUACGGCAUAACUUACGAAUCAUCGCCGAUGGGUCAGGACGAAAUGGACUCCCGAGAGCUGGACAAAUACCUAAAAUACCCGGAUAGCAACCACAACUUCAACAGUUAUGAGUCGUACCACCACAGCGGUGCGAUCUAUGGCCACGCACAAGCAACCUCGGACUAUUACAACUACCACCAGCAAAACGCCACCCUCCUGGCUCAGCAGCAACAGCAACAACAGCAGCAGCAGCAGUCCCAGCAACAGCUUUCCUUGGGAUCGUCAUCACCGGCAGGUAGCACCCCCGGAAGCAACUCCAGCUCCAGCGGCAAGUUGGACGGAUCGAUGGUAGGUGGUUCUGGGUCCGGUGGACACUUACCGACAACACCGGUGGCACUGUACGCACUACCUCUGCAGCACCCUCAACUGGCGGCGGCACAGCAACAACACCAGCCGCAACAGCAGCAACACCCCCACCAACAGCAGGUACACCUGGCGCAUGGGCCCAAUGCGCACGGGAUGACCGAUAUUUACGUGACCAGUGAGCAGCUGAAGGACGACGAGUUUAGUAAUAUUUUGGCAGGCGUGAGGAAAACUUGCUACAGUAACUGAAAGUAGGGGUGACGAGUGGAUGUAUGGAUGAUUGUAUUGAUUAUUUGAAGUAUAUGAAACACUUCAAACUAUUUUUUUCGAAAAUAGGGUUAAUGCGUUUUCAAUUUCUAUCCCUUACCUCGCUACGAUAGAUUUAUGACCCUUAUUUUGAUGUUUUGCGAGGUAAGACCUGCC